AAUGUGGCACAGUCCCUCAAGCAACAUGUGAAGGAUUUCCAAAAUUUCAAAUAAAUCCUGAUGGAGUCAAAUUCACUUGUUUAUCCUCAUCCAGCAUCAGUGAACAUUUUGUCAUUUACAAAACAAUGAACCCAAUCAUAACAAGGGCCCAUGACCCUUCUCUCACCCAGUACAAAGACUAUGCCACUUCACCAAAUGGAAGUUUUCAUGCAAUCCUUGCAAAAACCUCUGCAAGCUGCUAUACAUUUUUCGUGUUUGGAUCAUGCAGCUAUUUGCAUACUGAAGCUGUAAUAAAAAUUGAUGACCUAUACCCCACUAUUAAGCCUCCAUCUCUGUCAGUGACCGAGAGAAUAGACAUAAAGUGGUCUCCGGACAGCCGACAUGUUGCUGUAGGAUUUUCUAGGGGGCAGUUAACUGUAAUUGAUUGGAGGAAACUCCAGGGGGUCUGCAGCGUGUUUGAAGAUGUGAUCUCUGACCUUGAACUCUGUGGUCCAUCUACUUUUGACUUUGACCCCAGAUCCCAACACUGUGUCAUGGCUGUUGCUGCCAAUGACAUGAUUUUAUACAGAAUAAAUACCCAUGAAAAAAAGAAGCUUGGCUGCUCAGACGAUCUUGGAAGUUUUGUGGACUGUCUCAAGUACUCAUAUGAUGCUAACUGUAUUGUGACCUCCCUCUUUAACUUAAGAAUCAAAGUCCUUGAUGCUGAUGAACUUUGUUCAUUGUUUGAGAUUAAUCUGAGUGUGACUUGUCCAGAUUUUAUGGACGUUUCCGCUAAUUUAGGGUCCAUUGUACCCAAUGUGACAUGCCUGUCCAUCACUGCUACAGGAGAACAGGUAGCCAUUGCAUGCUGGGACAGAAAAAUUCGAAUACUUCAGCUACCAAAAGUGUUAAAUCUUCAGUGUAUGUGCAAAUACACUAUUCUGAGUGUAGUGGACCCUUCUAAAAUCAUGAAACUACCAUUACCACAUCUGCUCAAGGACUAUUUAUUUUCCCUUCCUUUCAAUCCAUAGUAUUAAAAACGUUGGAGGGGCGAAUUGUAAAUCAUUACAACACCUCCAUUAUUAUCAAAUCUUUGAAGGAUAACCAUGAUAAAUGAUUAAUGCAACACUUUUAUCACUGAGGCCUGCUGCCAAGUUCAAAGUCUUACAAA